CCGGCCCCGCCGCCGCGCUGCGCACCGCCCGGUGCCGGCCUGCGCCCCGAGCCCGAGCGGCGGCCACCCCGACUCCCGAGCCCGCGCGGAUGUGAGAUUCACGGCUCCUGGCGCCUCCUGAUCGCCGACUGCGGCGCGGCGCGUCUUCGUCCAAGAGGAGGCGGCCGGGCUGGCCGUGUGGCUUGUGGAUUUUUAAAAAUUUGGCUCCGAAGAGGACCAUUUCCUCUCGACAUGCAUCCCUCCGGAUAGACUGUACAUCCCUCGGUCCAUCCCCCGCCCCGCGCGGUCAGAGGCAGGCGCUGGGUGUUCGAAGAGGAUCCGGGUUGAAAUCUGCGCCCCCGGUUCAGGUCCCCGCCCCGUCCCACCGCCCCCUUCUCCUCCCGGAGUCGAAAUUUCCCGGGGAUUAUGUUUCGGAAAGGAACCCAGCGAGGAAAUACAUGCACUGGCUGAGAAUCGCCCGCGCCAGGGCGCAGCGCUACAAGGUGUAGGGAGAGUGUGGGGUGGGGCGAGAGGGGACCCAGGAGUCCCUGUGGCUCGGAGCGCCGCGGCGUCGGUUCUUCGUUCCUGCCCUCGGGGCGGACGGAGUGACCCCGGCUCCCACUCCCCGCCCCGACCAUGGUAGUGUUCAAUGGCCUUCUUAAAAUCAAAAUCUGCGAGGCCGUGAGCUUGAAGCCCACAGCCUGGUCGCUGCGCCAUGCGGUGGGACCCCGGCCGCAGACUUUCCUUCUGGACCCCUACAUCGCCCUCAACGUGGACGACUCGCGCAUUGGCCAAACGGCCACCAAGCAGAAGACCAACAGCCCGGCCUGGCACGAUGAGUUCGUCACCGAUGUGUGCAAUGGGCGCAAGAUCGAGCUGGCUGUCUUCCACGAUGCCCCCAUCGGCUACGACGACUUCGUGGCCAACUGUACCAUCCAAUUUGAGGAGCUGCUGCAGAACGGGAGCCGCCACUUCGAGGACUGGAUUGAUCUGGAACCGGAAGGAAGAGUGUAUGUGAUCAUUGAUCUCUCGGGGUCGUCGGGCGAAGCCCCUAAAGACAAUGAAGAACGCGUGUUCCGGGAGCGCAUGCGGCCCAGGAAGCGGCAGGGGGCAGUCAGGCGCAGAGUCCACCAGGUCAACGGCCACAAGUUCAUGGCCACCUACCUUCGGCAGCCCACCUACUGCUCCCACUGCAGAGAUUUCAUCUGGGGUGUCAUAGGGAAGCAGGGAUACCAGUGUCAAGUUUGCACUUGCGUGGUCCACAAGCGAUGCCAUGAGCUCAUAAUUACGAAGUGCGCCGGAUUAAAGAAACAGGAAACUCCCGACGAGGUGGGCUCCCAGCGGUUCAGCGUCAACAUGCCCCACAAGUUCGGGAUCCACAACUACAAGGUCCCCACCUUCUGCGACCACUGUGGCUCCUUGCUCUGGGGCCUCUUGCGGCAGGGGCUGCAGUGCAAAGUCUGCAAGAUGAACGUCCACCGGCGCUGCGAGACCAACGUGGCUCCCAACUGUGGCGUGGACGCCAGGGGCAUCGCCAAAGUGCUGGCUGACCUGGGCGUCACUCCAGACAAAAUCACCAACAGUGGCCAGAGGAGGAAAAAGCUCCUUGCUGGUGCCGAGUCCCCGCAGCCUGCUUCCGGAAGCUCACCGUCAGAGGAAGAUCGAUCCAAGUCCGCACCCACCUCCCCUUGCGACCAGGAAAUAAAAGAACUUGAGAACAACAUCCGGAAGGCCUUGUCGUUCGACAACCGAGGGGAGGAGCACCGGGCGGCAUCGUCCGCUGACGGCCAGCUGGCGAGCCCAGGCGAGAACGGGGACGUGCGGCAAGGUCAGGCCAAGCGCCUGGGCCUGGACGAGUUCAACUUCAUCAAGGUGCUGGGCAAAGGCAGCUUCGGCAAGGUCAUGUUGGCAGAGCUCAAAGGCAAAGAUGAAGUGUAUGCUGUGAAGGUCCUGAAGAAGGACGUCAUCCUUCAGGAUGAUGACGUGGACUGCACGAUGACAGAGAAGAGGAUUUUGGCUCUGGCACGGAAACAUCCGUACCUAACCCAACUUUAUUGCUGCUUCCAGACCAAGGACCGCCUCUUUUUCGUCAUGGAGUAUGUAAAUGGUGGAGACCUCAUGUUCCAGAUUCAGCGCUCCCGAAAAUUCGACGAACCUCGUUCCCGGUUCUAUGCAGCAGAAGUGACAUCAGCCCUCAUGUUCCUCCACCAGCAUGGAGUCAUCUACAGGGAUUUGAAACUGGACAACAUCCUUCUGGAUGCAGAAGGUCAUUGCAAGCUGGCCGACUUUGGCAUGUGCAAGGAAGGGAUUCUGAAUGGCGUGACCACCACCACGUUCUGCGGGACUCCUGACUACAUCGCUCCCGAGAUCCUGCAGGAGUUGGAGUACGGCCCAUCAGUGGACUGGUGGGCCCUGGGGGUGCUGAUGUAUGAGAUGAUGGCUGGGCAGCCCCCCUUUGAGGCCGACAACGAGGACGAUCUGUUCGAGUCCAUCCUCCACGACGACGUACUCUACCCGGUCUGGCUCAGCAAGGAGGCUGUCAGCAUCCUAAAGGCUUUCAUGACCAAGAACCCCCACAAGCGCCUGGGCUGUGUGGCGGCGCAGAACGGUGAGGAUGCCAUCAAUCAGCACCCGUUCUUCAAGGAGAUCGACUGGGUGCUCCUGGAGCAGAAGAAGAUCAAGCCGCCCUUCAAACCUCGAAUUAAAACCAAAAGAGAUGUCAAUAAUUUUGACCAAGACUUUACCCGGGAAGAGCCGGUACUCACGCUUGUGGAUGAAGCAAUUGUGAAGCAGAUCAACCAGGAGGAAUUCAAAGGCUUCUCCUACUUUGGUGAAGACCUGAUGCCCUGAGAAGCUGCUCCAGGCGGAGUUUGGUGAUGCUGCAAGCAGGGGUGCUGGGAAGAUUCCAAUUUUCCCAAGGCUCGGAAGCCCUUGAACCACUUCUCCUCCCUGGAGCCCCGGUCCCUUGUCCACCCUCUAUUUAUUGCAUUCUCUCGCCCCAGCUCCUCCCUCCUCCCACCUGGCGACCAGAAAGGCACUCUUCAUUCUCGUCUCACCAGUAACGCAGAGUGGCACAGGGUGGGCAGUUUGGACCCACUGCCAUGUCUGAUCUGUGGGCAAACCUGGCUUCACUCCCCGGGCGCUUCUGGCAGCGAAGCAACUUCAGUUCUUUUAUUGCAAAGGAAAGAAGAAAAAGAAGAAAAAAGCAAGUGAGACUCUGGCUCUGUUCUUGGACAUAGAGUCCUGACAACUUUUGCUUCCCAUCCCUCCAGUGCUCCUCUCUGCCCUUCUGUCCAGGAGAAGAGACUGGUGCUUCUUUAGUGCAAGGGUGGGCACCCUCAAGGCGUGCUCAGGAGGGAGAGAGGCCGGAAGAUGCAUGGGUUGGCUACCUGUGUCGGUUUGCUCCGGAAUGGCUGAUUCGUGCUUGCUUUGGUUUCAGCUCGGGGGCAUGCCAAUGUUCUGUAAGCAUGUAUCUCGUGGAAGACGUCGCUCUCUGUAGGAAAAGAAAUUUGAUUUUGAACUCUAUUAAUAUUUGAAAAAUAGAUUAUCAAAUUUGCUUUUCUCAUUGGCCAAAAGACGUAAUUCCCAGUGUUAAUACAGGUAGACAUUAAAGGGCUAACACACAGUGAGAAACCAGUCAUCCAAGGUUUAUGCUCUUAAUGCCACACUGGCACGUGGGGGCUGUGUGAAUGGAGAGAAAAGGAACGGAGUAGUGCUCGUCUUCGUUACUCAAGUUCUGCCUGAACUCCAAGGCCAAGCGGUGGGCACGACCCUGGGGUUCCAGCAGAACUCAGCUCCCAAAUUCUCUUUCCGGUUUCGUCCUCAGUUCCCAGCAUAAACUCUAUUUAUUUUCUGCGGCAGUAUGUGAUUUUUGCGCACUUCUACCAAAUGGUAGUACUACUGUGUUGUGGUUUUUAAACAUUAAACAUGUAAAGUUCAAUAUGAACUAUCUGCUUUUGGAAUGAGCAGAAUGAGGCUAAACAUGGGUUAUGCAGAGGGGAUCAAGAGACUGAAGAGCAACUAAGUUGAAAACUGACAGUGUGGCAAAAUGCGCUCAGAGUUUUGUUUCUGUGUGACAUGCAAUGGCAACUCAUGUGGACACUAUUUAAUGGAUGUGAUGUUACCUCCUGUAGAUACGCUAACAGUGUUACAUUCUUUGAUUUCCAAGGGUUCUCUGUGGCUUUGUGUAUAUGUUUCCCAGAGGUCAUUUGAUUACCUAUUUUACUGAAUUGAUUUAGCAGGGAAUGGAAUCCAUUCCACCUGUUGCACGUGGAUUUCCCAGCUGCCCCUAAAUAUAUAUUCUUGUGAGUGGCAAAGUGGCACUAAUGAAGCUUUUUGCCUUUUGUACAUUUGAGAUUUUUGUAUAUAGUGUUUGCUGCAAGGCCUGUGGAAUUAAUUCAUUGAAUUUAGAGGUAUCAACUGCUGCAUGUUCAGGCAUAUUAUAAAACUUUAGUCUAUGAAAGAAUAAUUAUAAUAAUGUCCAGGUGCAAUACUCUGUAAGCGUAUUGGUUCAAGUUACCGAGAGAUAGACUGUGUUUCCUUCUUUCUUUUUUUUGGGGGGCGGGCAGGGGAUGUUCUUUGUAUUGUUUAUUUCAUUUUGGGUGAUUUUAAAAGAUGUAAACAUAUAUUAAGCUAUAUUAAAUCUCACAUAUAGUUCUCCGUGCUCUAUUGUGCCCUGAUAGAGAUGGAGAAGAGAAAGGGAUGUUUCUGAUGGUGGUUUCAAAGUUUGAACAGUGACUAGCUCAAGCCCAUAGAGAGUUGGUGUCCAUAGUUGCCCGUAUUUGCUGGUCAAUAGCCUUGGUUACUAAUGAUGACAUUCAGUUCUCUCUCUCUCUUUUUUUUUUUUUUAAACUCAGGUGUAAUUAUUAUCUGUUCUUAUAAUAAUUGCAAAUAUUUUGUGAUAUCAAUUUGUGUGUCUGGCAUACCAGUGAAGAGAUGAAGAACAGUAGAUUAAUUUAAUUUAUCUUCGGUAACUUGACUUACUGGGGAGAGACUAUCUCUGGAGUUGAGUACAAGCACAGAAACAUCUUUAUGGUGGCAUCAUCUCAUUUUUUAGGAAGACGUGACAAUACUGCCCAUCUGACUCAUGCGUCACUACUGCUGUUUUCUCCUUUGCUUCCUUCACCAUGAUGAACUCUGAACACCCAACCAAGCUCUAACUUCAAUGCCAUAUGGCCUCGUCCAAGGCUUUGGUGGCAUUCCCAUAUCAGCAAGGGUUGGGCCCUUCCUACAGGACAACUGGCAGUUUCGUUGGGAAGUCAAAUACUACAUUCCACCUGGCAGCUCCAGGCAGUCAGCGGGUUGCCUGGCCCAGAAAUGCCCCCUUUCAGCACCCAGAGCAGCCCCCUUUCAGCACCCAGAGCUGGGCUGGCUGGGAUGCAUCCUGCUUGGGGCUGGAGCUCAUCAAGUUCACACAGGCAGAUUCCAAUCCCAUGUAGUCUAUAGAAGAAAACGUGUGUUUCUUGAUUAUUCAUUGUUUCAUUUUAGUUUUCACAAGAGUUUGGAAGCAGACACACUAUUGCAUUUCUGCCAGCUCUUUCUAAUCUUUCCAGCUCUCUUUCUCGCUCUCUUUUUAAGGAAAAAAAAAAAAAGAUGGGAGGUGCAAAAAAAAAAAAAAAUGCCAAAAACUAUAUGAAGGAUAGCUAUUCUCCUGUGUUCUCUCAUUAUGGACUUUGUGAAGUGGAAACAUACUUUUUUCCUCCAAAGGUAAAAAUGCAUUCUUGCUUUAAAAAAAAAAGAAGGCUAAAAAAAAUUACCUCUUUUUAAAUUAUGUGCAAAAUAAUUCUGGCUAAAUAUGAAAUGUAUUCAAUUUUAGGGAUUUUUUUUUUUUGUAUUGUGAUGCUUUAUUUGUACAUUUUUUUUUCCUUUCUGGAUGUAAUUUUAAUCUCUUGCCAUUCAUUAGUGUUAUUUCAUUGUAAACAUUAUUGUGCCAAAUGUACUGUAUUCAAAAGGAUGUGAAUGUGUAUUGUUUCAGAACUUAAUAAAUACAAUGAUGUUAAAUCUUA